GAAGAAAGGACUCUGAGGGUGCAAUGACUUUCUUCCUCAAACCACGACCAUGCACAUGGGACCUUGCCCUGGACUACCACACCGCCAAACAGUUUGAAGUGGACGUAACCCUAGAUCCAGCCACAGUGGGUCCAGAGGUGAUCCUCUCGGAGGACCUCAAAGAAGCCACCUGGGGUAGACCUCGAUGCCAGUGGCCUGAGGGUCCAGGCCGUUUUGACACAGACCCAUGCAUGCUGGGCAGUGAGGGCUUCACCUCGGGCCGUCACUACUGGGAAGUGGAGGCCAAUGGGCGCUUCUGGGCUGUAGGGGUGGCCCGUGAGUCAGUCCGGAGGAAAGGCCGAGUCCUAUUCAAGCCCAACACUGAAAUUUGGGGCUUGCAGAAGUAUGAUGAGCUCUGCGUUGCCCUCACAGCUCCAUCCAACACCUCUGUCCCACUCCUCAAUGGGGAGAUUGGGGUCUACCUGGACUACGAGGUGGGACAGGUGUCUUUUUAUGCUGUCAGCAGCCGCCAACGCAUCUUCACUUUUCCUGUGGCCUCCUUCAGUGGGGAGAGGGUCUUCCCCUACUUUUGUGUGCUCCUCUCAACCAUUAAACUGUCCCCCAAGGGCUGAUGCCCUGGGAGGAUUCUCCCAAAA